GGUUUCAGCUCAUCACAAAUCUUGCAUAAUGAGACAUAAUAUCUGCAGUACCAAAAUGAUAUUUCUCUCUGAUGUCUUUUUGUUGACCAUCAGCUUGGUUUUUGCAAAUACUUUAGCAGAUGAAUCAGAUCGCACUGCUCUACUUGACUUGAAAGGAAGAGUACUGAACGACCCACUUAAAGUCAUGAGUUCUUGGAACGAUUCCACGUAUUUUUGUGACUGGAUCGGUGUUACUUGCAAUGACACCAUUGGAAGGGUGGUGAGUUUAAAUUUGGAAACUCGAGAUCUUACUGGUUCUGUACCUCCUUCCUUAGGAAAUCUCACUUACCUAACUGAAAUCCAUUUGGGAGGGAACAAAUUCCAUGGCCCAAUUCCCCAAGAGUUCGGUCGGUUACUUCAAUUGCGUCUUCUCAAUCUAUCCUACAAUAACUUUGGUGGUGAGUUUCCAGCGAAUAUAAGUCAUUGCACUAAGUUGGUUGUCUUGGAGCUUAGCAGCAAUGGGUUUGUGGGUCAGAUUCCGAACGAAUUGUCCACAUUGACUAAGUUGGAACGAUUUAAGUUCGGCAUCAAUAAUUUUACUGGAACAAUUCCACCUUGGGUAGGAAAUUUUUCUUCCAUAUUGGCUAUGUCAUUCGGGCGGAACAACUUUCAUGGAAGCAUUCCAAGUGAAAUAGGGCGUCUAUCUAAAAUGGAAUUCUUCACAGUUGUUGAGAAUAAUUUGACAGGUAUAGUGCCACCUUCGAUCUAUAAUAUAUCUUCUUUGACACUCUUGCAGUUUACUAAAAAUCAUUUGCAAGGUACUCUACCACCAAAUAUCGGGUUUACUCUUCCCAAUCUUCAAUCGUUUGCUGGUGGUAUUAAUAAUUUCGACGGACCUAUUCCGAAGUCCUUAGCUAAUAUCUCAAGCCUUCAAAUCUUAGAUUUUCCUAAUAACAAUUUUUUUGGGAUGGUACCAGAUGACAUAGGGAGAUUGAAAUACCUAGAGCGUUUAAAUUUUGGAUCAAAUAGUCUUGGAAGUGGAAAAGUUGGUGACUUAAAUUUUAUUAGUUCCUUGGUCAACUGUACUAGGCUAAGGAUUUUGGGUCUAGAUACAAACCACUUUGGAGGAGUAGUGCCUUCUUCCAUUGCCAACCUUUCAAACCAGCUAGUUGCCAUAACCUUGGGUGAUAAUAUGUUAAGUGGGAGCAUUCCUUUAGGGAUUACAAACUUGAUUAACUUGCAAGUUCUUGCAAUGGAAGGAAACAUGAUGAAUGGUAGUAGUAUCCCUCCCAAUAUAGGGAACCUUAAAAGUUUGGUGCUUUUAUACUUGGGUAGAAAUGGAUUAAUUGGGCCAAUCCCUUCCUCCAUUGGUAACUUAACUUCACUUACGAAUCUCUACUUGAGUUAUAACAAACAUGACGGAUAUAUACCAACAAGCUUAGGAGAAUGCAAAAGCCUUGUAUCUCUUGAGCUAUCUAGUAAUAACCUAAGUGGCACCAUACCAAAGGAAAUCUUUAGUCUCACUUCUCUCUCAAUCACUUUGACCUUAGAUCAUAACUCAUUUACUGGUUCAUUGCCAGAUGGAGUGGGUGGUUUACUUAGUUUAUUACAACUAGAUUUAUCAGAAAACAAGUUAUCAGGUAAUAUUCCUAGCAACCUCGGUAAAUGUACUAGUAUGGAACAAUUGUAUCUUGGGGGAAACCAAUUUGAGGGAACAAUUCCUCAAUCUUUCAAAACUUUGAAAAGCCUUGUAAAAUUAAAUUUAUCACACAACAACUUGAUAGGACCAAUUCCUGAAUUUUUAUGUGAACUUCCUUCACUCAUGUAUGUCGAUCUAUCCUACAAUAACUUUGUGGGAAAAGUCCCUGAAGAAGGAGCUUUUUCCAAUUCAACCAUGUUUUCUAUCAUUGGGAAUAAUAAUCUGUGUGAUGGUUUGCAAGAAUUACAUUUGCCUACAUGCAUGCCUAACGACCAAACACGUUCAUCAUCAAAGGUGUUAAUCCCUAUAGCAUCUGCAGUCACAUCUGUUGUUAUUUUGGUGAGCAUCUUCUGUUUGUGUUUUCUGCUUAAGAAGUCGAGAAAGGAUAUUUCAACGUCAUCUUUUGCAAACGAGUUUCUGCCACAAAUUUCAUACUUGGAACUUAGCAAAUCAACCGAUGGAUUCUCUAUGGAUAAUUUGAUUGGUUCGGGUAGUUUCGGUACUGUGUAUAAAGGUUUACUUUCAAAUGGUGGAUCUAUUGUUGCCAUAAAAGUUUUAAAUCUCCAACAAGAAGGUGCUUCCAAGAGUUUUGUUGAUGAAUGCAAUGCCCUUUCGAACAUACGACAUCGAAAUCUCCUCAAGAUCAUAACUUCUUGCUCAAGUAUUGACGUACAUGGCAAUGAAUUUAAAGCUCUAGUUUUCAAUUUUAUGUCCAAUGGAAAUCUUGAUGGUUGGCUUCAUCCUCCAAAUCAGGGGCAAAAUCAAAGGCGGUUGAGUCUCAUCCAGAGAUUGAACAUUGCUAUUGAUAUUGCAUGUGGAUUAGACUAUCUCCAUAAUCAUUGUGAAACUCCUAUUGUUCAUUGUGAUUUGAAGCCAAGCAACAUACUGCUCGAUGACAACAUGGUAGCUCAUGUAGGGGAUUUUGGAUUAGCUAGAUUCAUGCUAGAAAGAUCGAGUGAUCAAAUAUUUUUUAGUCAAACCAUGUCACUUGUACUCAAGGGUUCUAUUGGAUAUAUCCCUCCAGGUAUUUCUCUUCCUUCUAAGCUUUAUAAUCUUUUAAUUCUAAUUGCUUUAGGUACUUGGUAUAAUCCAACUGAAUGAAUUUCUGCAGAGUAUGGUACAGGUAGCAUAAUUUCCAUUGAAGGAGAUAUCUUCAGUUACGGAAUACUAUUACUAGAGAUGAUCAUCGGAAAAAGACCCACUGAUGACACCUUUGGCAAUGAUAUGGACAUUCACUUGUUCACUAGAAGGGCAUUACCUCGAGA